AUGGCUAGGUAUACCAAUGCAUAUUUAAUCUUUCGUAAAAAGAGAAUCGAUCCUUCGCGAAAGAUUAAAAUGACGAUAAUCUCAAAAGAAACUGCGUCAAAAUGGAGAGAAAAAAACGAUUCACAAAAAAGAAAACAUUUUCACGCAGCUGCAAAGGAUGCAGUAGAUAAGGAAAUCGCUUCAGGUAGAAACAAUCUUACGAAAAAAUCCUUUGAACAACACGGAACUAUUGCGUUUGUGAACGAAACUCCAAUUACCAAAACCGAAAAUCGACUUGUAGAAACCAAAAUGGAAUUUGUCCAAACCGAAGAAUCCGAAGUUCGACAUAUUGAUGUUAAUGUACCAAACGCAAACGAGUUCGCUAAUAUAAAUAUUAAUUUCGAAGAAAUGAUUACUGUAACUCAACCCUCUUACCUUGAUGAUUUACAAGACACAAACGAAGCCGUACUGUUUGACCUAUACAUUAAUUUUGAAGGGGACAACAAUACAUCCGAAAUGAUUAAUGGUGUACCACCUACCGAGUAUCUUUAA